UUUUUUAUCGUGGAAAUGCGCGGUAAACUGACCAACAGGGUGAUUUUAUGCCGCGCCAGUUACAGUGUCGAGGCGCCAAGGUCGGAGCCUCCAUCACCUGUUGUGGUGACCCCCAUACCUGGCCCCAAGUCACAAGCUUUAAAGCAGGAUCUGGAUCAAAUCCAGAAUACAGAUGCUGUGCAGUUUUUUGCUGACUAUGAGAAAAGUUAUGGAAACUAUAUCUGUGAUGUGGAUGGGAACUUUCUAUUGGACCUGUACACACAGAUAGCCAGCAUUCCCAUUGGCUACAACCAUCCAAGGAUACUCAAGGUGUUGACAAAUCCUGCAAAUUUGAGCACGUUUGCUAACAGACCUGCACUUGGAGUUUUCCCACCUUCUGCUUUUGCCUCAGAUUUAAAGGAGUCUUUGCUUUCAGUGGCUCCACCUGGUUUGAAGCAAGUCCAGACCAUGGGUUGUGGGGCUUGUUCUAUUGAACAUGCUCUGAAAGCUGCAUUCAUGGCCUUUAGACGAAAACAAAGGGGAGGUAAGGCCCCAUCCAAAGAAGAGCUAGAGUCAAGCUUGUACAAUACUCCACCAGGCAACCCUACUAUAUCUGCUCUAUCAUUCAGAAAUGCUUUUCAUGGCAGAACCAUGGGUGCUCUUGCCUUGACUCAUACAAAAUGGAGUCACAAGUUAGAUUUCCCUAGCCCAGAUUGGCCGAUCGCUCCCUUCCCACAUUUGAAAUACCCACUAGAAGAAUUCGCCCAGGAGAACAGGAGGGAGGAAGAUAGGUGUUUGGCUCAAGUGGAAGAGCUUCUGAGUAUUUACAAGAAGAAAGGCAACCCAGUGGCUUGUAUAGUCAUAGAACCAAUUCAAUGUGAAGGGGGAGAUAACUUUGCCAGUCCACAAUUCUUCCAGGGUCUGCAAGAUAUUUCUCAAAAGAACGAGAUCAGUUUUCUUAUCGAUGAGGUGCAGACUGGGGCGGGGACCACUGGCAAGUUUUGGGUGCAUGAGUAUUUUCACCUGCGCGACCCGCCGGACUUGGUGACUUUUGCUAAGAAAAUGUUGACCGGAGGAUUCUAUUACAGAGACCAUCUGAGACCCACAGAGGGUUACCGUAUCUUCAACACAUGGCUUGGGGACCCCUCAAAAGUUGUCAUGCUGAAGGAGGUGUUGAAUGUCAUCAGGGACGAGAAACUCUUGGAUAGGACAACGGAAACUGGGAAAUAUUUUGUUGAUAACUUGAUGGCGGCGCAGACCAAAUACCCCAAGCUGCUGUCUCGAGCAAGAGGCCUGGGUGCCAUAGCAGCGGUCGACCUGCCUGAUGCUGUAACCAGGGACAAGAUCAUUGCUAAAAUGAGAGAACUUGGUGUCCACCUUGGUUCUUGCGGCAUCUCAACACUCAGAAUCAGGCCAACCUUGACCCUUGAGAAGAAGCAUGUUGACAUCUUCACGGAGAAGUUCCACAAGGUGCUGGAGCAGAUGUAAACAAACAGAGGUCACACAGCUUGUUGUUGUUGGAUACAGACCAGUAUUUGAUGUGCUAACACAUGUUGCUGUACAUAGUACAUUAUAUAGACAGAUGGUUCAGUUUAACACUGGGAAAUCCCACUAAAAAAAACAUGGUUGUUGUGUUAUUUUAACAAUUGAUUUGUGGGAAAUCCCGUAAAAUAUUGUGCAAGUCUUAUGCACCAACAUUGUCUAACAGAGGAAAAUCCCACUAAAUAAGGUCCAAUUUGUAGGGCUUGUCUCAAAAUUGAAAAUCUUUAUAGCCAGGGAUAUUUACAUUUUUAAGCUAAAUUAGUUGUUGUGAACAUGAUUAUCAUUGAUGACAAAAACCAUGGCUGCAAUUUUUUGGGGCCUCACUUCAAGAUUUUAAAAUACCAAAAGUAUCCAAAAUGCAACAGUUGUACAUUUCUUUUACUACAAAUAAAAAUCAAAUUAAGUACCUGAAGGCCUAGGCUUUUAAUAAUAUUAUUUUAAAAUUGUAACUAAGUUUAGGACAACUUGUUACAGAAUUGAAUAAAUAAAAACAAACUUCUUGAAAAAAAUACAAUAUAACUUAGUCUGUAUAUCCUUUAAGCUAGUCUACAUCUUGCAGCCAAUUAUCAGUGUUUUACAAUUUUAAAUGAACAAUAGCAUGAGUAACUUUUCUAUUUGUUUAUCUUUAUUACAAUUUCAUAAAUAAUUCACAUUUGGUUUGAAAAAAAAUAACUGGCAAGUACAAAAAUAAGUUGGUGACCUACUUACAAGCCCUAUGAUGGCCUAACAUCAUUAAUUGAAUUGUAGGAAACUCUAAAAAAUUGUGCAAGUCUUCUGUACCAAUAUUGUCUAGCAGAGGGAAAUCCCAUUAAAUAAGGUCCAAGCUAUGUAGGCCUACAGUAAUAAUUAGUGGGAAAUCCCACAAACUAUUGUCCAUUGUUCAAAUGAUUGUUUUUUUUAAUACCUGGUGAUUUAUAAGUUGGUUGUGUUGGUAGACAACCAAGUUUAUACUAACAUUGAUGUAAAUGUAAACUCAUUAAAAAUUUUCCACCAAUUCUACUACACCAUUGGCAGACCAGAAUCUGUCAAUGUUAAAUUGUAAAUAUUAUUCCCGCUUAAUUAAAUGUUACAGCAAGUAUCUAGUCACCCUUAACCUUUUUGUUAUGUAACCAGAAAAAAAGUAGUUGUAUACGUGUUGAACUGCUAAGCUCAACCAUAUUUCAGCUCGCUUUAUAUAUUUAGUCAGUACUUGAAUCUUUUUUUAAACUACUGUUUACAAUUUUCAUACAUAUUUGCACUUGUAUAUUGUAUACAAAAUAUUUAUAAGUGAAUAAAGUUAAAUAAGAAC